UCCGUCCCAGGAUGGCAAGCGUUACUCUUAACUUGAUCGUGGUCCACUAAGCUGGAAGCAGAUUGAUCGUGCGUCGUAACGUUUCAGUCAUGUGCAGCAUCACGUUUUUGGGGUCCUUCUGCUAGGUACUGGGCGGGGAAUCGCCCUUCCGGAUGAGCCCAUCAGUGGGAUACUGCAGCUAUGGUCGUCACCAAGUUGCAUUGAACUGCGAGUUUGUUGAUGAUCGGUAUGGCUCUUAUCUGGUAUAUCAAGACGAUCCAACGCCAUGGAAAGAGCUCGGGAAAGACGUCGAGGUGGAUGCUUCGAGCACUCUCAAUCCAGCCCUUGACAGCUUCCUCUUCAGCAUCACCAACUGCUUUGAGUGGACCGCAAAUAUGCUUCGAAACGGACUAAAGUAUCUGCUCUCUGGGGCGGCUGUACCUCAUGUGCUCUCCUCUGUCCUUCAGCCAACCCCACCGAUGGGAUUCAACGACUGGUCCGCUCUCAUGUGCGGACUCAAUGAGUCUGUAUUCGUGGAGACAGCCCAUGCUAUGCUGAACAGCGGACUCUUGGCUGCUGGAUACAAUCGAAUCAACCUCGAUGACUGCUGGAGCACCAUGGACAGGGCAGCCAAUGGCUCCAUGCAAUGGGACACAGAGAAAUUCCCACAUGGCUUGCCUUGGUUGACCACCUAUCUCAAGAAACUCGGCUUCGAACCCGGAAUUUACACCGAUGCAGGCAAUCUGAGUUGCGGAGGGUACCGGGUGCCUACGGCUACGAAGAACUCGACGCUCAAACCUUCGCCUCUUGGGGCUUCACUUACCUCAAGCUCGACGGCUAAAGCCGUCUACGGGAAAUGGCACUCGAUCUUGUCAAAAAUGUCUCCUCCCAUGGUGUUCUCGGAAUCCGCACCAGCAUAUUUCGCCGAAGCAGCAAACCUGACAGACUGGUACGACGUUAUGUCAUGGGUGCCAAAGUUCGGGCAGCUAGCUCGACAUUCAAGGGACACAUUAGUCUUCAACAGCACGCUCUACUGGCCGGACAUCACGGGCUGGGAUAGCGUGAUGUUCAAUUAUGGACAAGAAGUGCGACUUGCACGCUUCCAGAAACCGGGAUAUUUCAAUGAUCCAGACUUCUUAAAUGUGGAUCAUUUCGACUACACUCUCGAGGAGAAGAAGUCUCAUUUUGCUAUCUGGGCUUCGUUGUCUGCACCGCUGAUAAUCAGUGCCUGGAUCCCGGAUUUCACCGCUGAGGAGAUUGAGUAUCUGACGAACAAGGAUAUCAUAGCCGUUGAUCAAGACCCGUUGGCGCUGCAAGCUACGCUCGCCAGCCAGGAUGGAACUUUUGAUGUCUUGACUAAGAAUUUGGCGAAUAGAGAUAGACUGCUUACAGUCAUCAAUAGGGGGGACAAAACAGCAAACUUCAGUGUCUCGUUCUCGAGAAUCGGAAUUGAUUCGUUCCCAGGGGUGAGGGUCAAAGAUCUGUGGACAGGUGGCACAAACUAUGCCAGGAAACAGGUAACAGCAACAAAUAUCCCUUCUCAUGGAACUGCGGUUUUGCGACUUUCUCCUCUCGGAGGAGGGGAGUGUGAAGUUAUUCCCACGGGAAUGAUCUUUAACACAUUCUCUCUCACCACUCUUACCACAAUCCAUGGGAGAGUUUCAUGGUCCAAUUCAACUGGGGCAGAUGGACAGGUAUGGCAAACGAGAGAAGAUGGAACGAUUAGAAGUAUCGUGGAUAAGAAGCUUUGCUUGACCGAGUUGAGCGGAGGCAAAAUAGUGUUGGAGAAGUGUGUGGAGAACGAGAGCCAGAAGUGGGAUUACUAUUAUUCGGGAAAUUUGCUGAGUCGGCGUUCAUAUAAUUGUCUUACGGAGGUAACGAAUGAGGCAGUCAUAACGUCCGACUGCAUGUACGAGGAUAACACCCAGGUAUUUGGUCUCCCAAGCGGGGUGGAGAUAUUGGAGGGCUAG